AUGGCGGAGCUGGAGAAGCUCAGGAAGGAGCUGGCGAGCAAGGUCAAGUCGUAUGAGGGCAAGCUGGCCACGUUGACCGCCAUCAACAGCGCCCUGCAGAGCGAGAACGAGGACCUGCGGCGGCAGCUGAAGGCGGCGGCGGCACCCACCACCGCCACGGAGGCGGAGGUGGCGGAGCUUCAGGAGGAGUUUGCACGGCGGCUGGGCGCCGCUGACCGCACCAUUGCCCAGCUCUCUGAUGACAAGGAGCUUCUGAGGGCGCAGCUGGCGGUGGCCAGCCAGGGCAGCGGCGCCAGCGAGUCCCGGCUGGCGGAGCGGGAAGAGCACAUCCAGCAGCUGCAGGUGGAGGGCGAGAAGCUGUCCCGCAAGAAUGGAGAGCUGGAGGCAGCUGCGCGGCGGGUGCGGGCCCAGCUGCGGGACGCCGAGGCCGACAGGGAGAAGCUGGGCGGGCGCAUCGCCAAGCUCGAAACGCAGCUGGCGGCCGCCAGCGAGCGCGCCGAGCGCGCCGAGCAGCAGCUGGCCAGCCGGCAGGAGGAGAUGGAGGAGGAGGUGCGGCGGGUGCGGAUGGAGGCGGCGGCGGCGCUGGCGGCGGUGCGCCAGGUGGCGGCCGCCGCCAAGGAGCGCACCGAACAGGAGUCGGCGCGGGAGAGCGAGGAGGCUCUGACGGCUACCAUUGAAAGGGAGGCGGAGCUACGGGCGGCGCUGGCCGAGACAAACAUCCGGUUUGAGCGGGCGGCGGCAGACUGGGCGGACCGAGAGGUGGAGCUACGGGGAGAGGCUGCUGACCUGGAGCAGCGGCUGCGGCAGGCGGAGGGCGCUGCUCAGGCGCUGCAGAGCGGCGCGGGCGACGCCACGCGCCCACUGCUUCGCCAGAUAGAGUCGAUGGCUGCCGCGGCGGCCGCGGCGCAGGCGGCGGCGCGCGAAACCGAGGCGCAGCUGCGCCUGCAGCUGCGGGCGACCGCGCAGCAGCAGGCGGCAGGCGCCGAGGCGCUGCGACGCGCCGAGGAGCGGUACGCGGCGGCCGAGGCGGCCGGGCAGGCGGCCGGGCAGGCGGCCGCCGCCGCGCGGAGCGCGGCGGCGGACGCGGAGCAGCGGCAGGGCGAGGACCGGCGGCGCUGCGAGCAGCUGGAACGCGACUUGGUGGCGCUGCGGCAGGCGGCAGAGGCUGCCGCCGCCUCGGCUGCAGAGCAGCUGGCGGAGCAGCGGGGCGAGGUGCAAUCGCUGCAGGAGCAGCUGUGGGACGCGCAGGAGGAGCUGCGGGGCGUGGCCGCCGCCGCGGCAGCCGCCAGCGCGGCGGCGGCGGCGGCGGGUGGUGCGGGGCGCGCGGCGCAGGGCGCGUCUGCCACGCAGCAGCAGGGGCAGCAGGGGCAGCAGCAGCAGCAGCAGGGGCAGCAGGUUGGCGGCGCCGGCAAGUGGCUUUCGGCGGUGAACGUCCGCGAGGCGGCCGCCGCCAACGGCACCACCGACCGUCCCUCCUCUGAUGAGGAGGAUGAGAUGGAGGUUCUCGUGCGCUCCAUGACAGCACUGUCCCCAAGCAGCAGCAGCCUGGCGGCCGAGGCGGCGGCGCUCUCGCCCCGCCCGCACCUGCCGGUCAGCACCUCGGCAUCUGACGCCCGGGUGGCGGCGCUGGAGCAGCAGCUGUCGGCCGCGGAGCAGCAGCGCGAGGCGGCCAGCCAGCAGCUGCUGGCGGCGCUGCAGCGCGCGGAGGCGGCGGCCGGCGACGCGCGGCUGUCGCUCAUGCUGGAACUGCUGGGGGAGCGGAAUGAGCGCAUCGAGCAGCUGGAGCUGGACGUGAAGGUACGGUACCGCCGCACCGCAGCUGUACCGCAGGCGGCUGCCUGCACUGCUAGGCAGGGUGGCAGCAUGCCGCUGCACCUCGCAGCGCACCCCUACCUGGUGGUCGCUAUCACCUGCGCCGCCUGGCCCCGGUGA